AUGAUUUCCGUCGGUAGUGUCACAAACGAUGCUCGCAUUGCUGUAGUUGCACUCUCCAGCACUGAAGAGGCGCAGUUCAAGAUGGAACCGACCACCUCUGGCGAACUCAAAGUGCACCUGGAAGAAACUCAUAAUUCCCUUAAAUCCGAACUUCAGAGUCUCAUCGAUACGACGGAUGAAUGUAAAGCCCGUGCGGCUCGUCGCCAGAUGUUAGAGGAAGAAGAAGAAAAGGAGAAAGCACGCAGACGGGAGAAGAAGGCACAAAACAUGCAGAACCUUCUCUCUUCACUUCAAACGAUUGCACAGAACCAGCACGCACAACGUAUGGAGACGAUCCAAGCAGCCAAGCGAGAACGAGACGACUACCAACGAAUCAAAGACGAACUCGAACUCGAACAUGCGCGCAUGCAGAACGUCAUUGCUACCAAACUUGCGCCUACACCUUCCGACUCAUUCAAGACAAUGUCCAUCUAUAGCGAGGACUCUCCACUCCAAGAAGGCAUCUAA